GCAGGAAGCAGGAAGGGAGUUGGGAUGGGAUGAAGUUUGGUACCGGUGGCACUUUGGGGACCCCUCGGCCAGCCGUAGGUGCGGGCUUUGCGUGUCUCUGAGCGCUCCCGGACACGCGUGGGGCUGCUGGGGAGGGCUCGCCCCGUGGGCACGGUGAUGGCUGCGGGUGUGGUUUGGGUGGCACUAAAGGGACACCCACUUGGGGUCACGCGGCAUCACUGCAGCGUGGGCGGCCCCAUGGGGAUGCUGCGGGCUGUAUGUCCUCAUGGUCCACCGUGGUACCCCCGUGUACGCUAUGGUACCCCGUGGGUGCCCAUCCCAUCUCCCCACAGGUCUCUCCGCUUCCAUCCCCGCAGCGCUCCGUCCCACAGUGCCGGGGCCAUGGUGGUGCUGCGGGCCGGGCUGUGCCCCGGUCUCACCGAAGAGAUGAUCCAACUCCUCAGGGCAAACAACAUCAGGACUGUGGUGGACUUUGUGUCAUCAGACCUGGAGGACGUUGCCCAGAGCUGUUCCCUGUCUUACAAGGCGCUGGUGGCUGUGCGCCGCGUGCUGCUGGCCCAGUUCUCCGCCUUCCCCACCAAUGGAGCAGACCUCUAUGAGGAGCUGAAGAGCUCCACUGCCAUCCUGCCAACCGGCAACCCCAGCUUGGACCAGCUGCUGGAUGCGGGGCUGUACACUGGGGAGGUGACGGAGCUGGCAGGAGCACCGGGCAGCGGAAAGACACAGGUGUGCCUCAGCAUUGCGGCCAGCGUGUCCCUCGGCCUCAGGCAGCACGUCUUCUUCCUCGACUCCACAGGGGGGUUCACUGCCUCCCGACUCUACCAGAUGCUCCAGGCCCGGGUGGAGGACAAGGAGGAGCAGCUGGAGGCCCUGCAGCGGGUGCAGGUGGUUCGCAUGUUCGACAUCUACGAGAUGCUGCGUGCCCUGCACGAGGUGCGGGACUGCCUCUCCCAGCAGGUGGAGAGCUCGGCGGGGCCACUCAAAGCAGUGCUCAUUGAUUCAGUGUCAGCCGUGCUGUCCCCGCUGCUGGGCGGCCGGCAGUCAGAGGGCUUGGCCAUCAUGAUGCAGCUGGCCCGGGAGCUGAAGACGUUGGCCAAGGAGUUCAGCGUGGCGGUGGUGGUGACCAACCAGGUGACAAGGGACAGCAGCACCGGCGCUCUCAAGUCAGCUCUUGGCCGCUCCUGGAGCUUCGUGCCCAGCACCCGUGUGCUGCUGCAGGGCAGAGCAGUGCCGUGGGAGGAGGGCGCUGCUCCACACACCGCGUGCUUGGCCAAGUCACCGCGCCAGCCAACGGGGAUGCAGGUGCAGCUGGAUAUUGGCAGCGAUGCUGUGCAGGAACAGAGGCCAGUGACACCCACACCAUGACCCUGAUGGGGACGGAAAAGCAAAUGUCAAGGUCUGGGAGAGCUGCAAAAAAGCCACGCAGACACUGAGCACAAACUGCCUCUGAGUCCCACAGCACAGAACAGCUCCUGUUCUUCUGCCUUGGGAGAAAACGUGCAUGGGGUUCUCUGGAGAGCUCGCUUGGAACAUGUGUGGUUGGCAUGGGGCAGGCAGGUCCCUCCUCUGCCACCAGUGGGGCUGUCCAUCCUUGGUAUUGGCUUGGGAUCAUAUCCUUGUGGUGGUUUUGUUCCCACCUCAUAACUGCUGCCUUGGGCAGCCCGUGGUGCUCUUGGUUGAGAAAUAAAGAUGUUGCACACUGUUACAGUC